GGUACACUCACACGCAUUCUCGAUGACGACUCAUAUCGUGAAGGUCCCUCCCGUCGUGCCGCCCCCAUGCUUGGGCAGAAUUCCUGGUGAUUGGCAACCGGAGAAACCGAAGGUAAGACACCAAGCUUAUUGGGCUGCUGACUACCACCCUCGGACACCAAUGGUGACACUCCAAUGGGAAGCGAAUCCUUCUGGCUGCCGAUCCAGUCGUCGUGUCUUGAUGGGAUGGGAUCCUCUGAAUCUCGGCACUCUCGGUGUCACAGUGAGAGGGAGGGACGGGAUGGCGCUUGAUGAAUAAGAAGUUAACUGCUCCUUCAAAAGCACCUGCACUGUUCCUGACACCCCUUAACAGGCGGGGAAGUAAUCCGGACCAUCCAGUCAUCAGCAGUCAAAGUCAACAUCAUGCCAAACAUAACGUCUGUAUACCCGGAAUACCAAUCCACAGCUCGCCUAGACGAGCUGCGGAGGAGCGAGUAUAGCUACCUCGACUCCCAAGACCAUGUCUACCUGGACUACACCGGGUCGGGGCUCGCUGCCGCCGCUCAGGUCCGCCAUCACCAGCAACGGCUCGCCCAGAUACUCUCAGGCAACCCCCAUUCCUCCAACCCAACCAGCGCCGCCGCCACCGAGGCCAUCGACGCCACCCGGGCGCGGAUCCUGGCUCACGUCAACGCCUCGCCGGCCGAGUAUACCGUCAUCUUCACGCCCAACGCCACCGGCGCAGCCAGGCUCGUGGGCGAGGCCUACCCCUUCCGCCGAGGCACUCGCUUGGUCCUGACGGCCGACAACCACAACUCGAUCAACGGCAUCCGCGAGUUUGCGCGCGUCGGGGGCGCCAAGACAGCAUACAUCCCCCUCCAGGGACCAAACCUUCGAGUGGAUGAUGCCGACGUUGUGACCGCCCUGUCCUCCUCAUCAAAACGAAAUAUCCUGCGCCGCCUCCCGCUUGCCUGCCGCAGCAUCUUCAGUAGCGCCGGUGACAGUACCUGUAUUAACAACAACCAUCCCAGCCCCAUAUCGUCAUCAUCAUCAUCAUCAUCAUCAUCAUCAUUUUGUAAAGGCCUAUUCGCUUACCCAGCCCAGAGUAACUACUCGGGCGUGCGGCACCCGCUCUCCUGGAUCCCCCUCGCCCAGCGCCACGGCUACCACGUGCUCCUCGACGCGGCCGCCUACCUCCCAACCUCCACCCUCGACCUGUCCUCGUCGGACAUCAAGCCCGACUUUGUCCUGGUCAGCUGGUACAAGCUCUUCGGCUACCCCACUGGCGUCGGCUGCCUCAUCGCCCGCAGGGACAGCCUCGAGGUGCUCCGGCUUCGCAGGCCGUGGUUUUCGGGGGGCACCAUCCAGGUCGCGGCCACGUCGGUGCUCUGGCACAGGAUGGCGCCCGGGGCUGAGGCGUUUGAGGAUGGCACUGUCAAUUUCCUGUCGAUCCCGGAUGUUCAGUUCGGGUUGGAUUGGUUGAAUGGGAUUGGUAUAGGCCUCAUCGAGACGAGGGUGAGGUGUUUGACGGGGUGGUUUAUGGACAGGCUGCUGCGGCUGCGGCAUAGCGAUGGGUCGCCCAUGGUGAGGGUAUAUGGGCCGACCGACAUGACGAUGCGUGGCGGGACUGUGACGUUUAAUUUCCUCGACGCGGCCGGCAAAGUGGUGGACGAGCGUAUGGUGGCCCUUGAGUCGGCUGCGGCGAGGAUUUCACUGCGGACGGGCUGUUUUUGUAACCCGGGCGCUGGUGAAGCCUCGCUGGGGUUGGACAAGAAGGCGAUCAGAAAACUGGCAAGAAUUCGCCAGCAGUAUCCGGACAUGGACGCGUUUGCGCAAGAGAACGAUAUCCCCGCUCUUGGGGCCGUUCGUGUUUCGUUCGGGGUGGUUUCGACCGCCGCCGAUGUGGACAAGUUCUUUGGCUUUGCAGAAAAGACGUAUAAAGACCGGGUAAUGGCAGCAGCAGGGCUGCCACCGCGGGAGUUAAAUUGUUGAAUAAAUUACGGUAAACCACCGUUUUGUAAUAUGGCACGUCGAAAACUGAGAAGGGAAUUAUUGUGUCCUGAAAUCAG